AUGAUCCAGCAACCCAAAGACAUACUACGAGACCUGAUCAUAACAACGGACGGCCAAGCCGAGGAGCCGUAUUCCUAUCACGAAUGGGGCUACACCAUCUACCGCACAUGCUACACGCCAGAAUCUCAAUCGCAAUGGGAAUCUCUAAUCGAAGCCAUUCAGCAAGGGGUCGAAGAAUCCUUCCCUGGGUCGCAAGACCAUGAGCCACCGACAACAUCCCAACUCUUACGCUCCCUCUUACGUCUAGACUUCCGCUCCGAUGCUUCCCUGUACGAUGGUCUUACUGUAGAACAGCUUCGCCAGACCUAUCUCACUCCACCAGAAGAUUCAGUGCUCCCACCGAACUUCUACAGGAGCGAGCGUGUCUUCCUUGUCGCUGACGCGGACGUUUUGAUGGAUCCUUACUUUCUGCCGAAAGAGAAUGAGACACCGGAAGUACCCGUUGACAAUACUGCAAGCUACGUCGCAACUUCCCAGAGUGUGCAGAAAUGGCAAUAUCAAUACCACGGCUACAGCAAAUCCUCCAGUACCAAGCGACGAGGGCUCAAGUGUGUCGAGGUAGAUUACGUUGCUGCGGAUCAUCAUCCAAGGAGAAGAGGUCAGGGCCUCGGGGACCGUUACUUUGGCUGGUUCAUGAUGACGGCGGAGAGUGUGAUGGAGCUUUGGGAGGUGUUGCUUGAUCAGGAUGUCGAGGAGAUUAAACCUAGAUUGGUUGAUGUGAUGAUUUGUGAGUGUAUCAUGGCCUGUUCGUGUGUUGGUGGUGAACAGGUGUGCUAA